AUGUUGCAUCAGUUAGCAACAAGCAGUAACAGCCCCAAACAACUCCACGCAAAACAUUCAGCAACAUUCCCUCUCCACACAGCCCUCUCUCCACACAGCCCCUCUCCACACAGCCCCUCUCCACACAGCCCCUCUCCACACAACCAGGCUCCACACAACCAGGCUCCACACAACCAGGCUCCACACAGCCCCUCUCCACACAACCAGGCUCCACACAACCAGGCUCCACACAGCCCCUCUCCACACACCCAGGCUCCACACAGCCCCUCUAAACACACCCAGGCUCCACACACCCAGGCUCCACACAACCAGGCUCCACACAGCCCCUCUAAACACACCCAGGCUCCACACAGCCCCUCUAAACACAGCCAGGCUCCACACAGCCCCUCUAAACACAGCCAGGCUCCACACAGCCCCUCUAAACACAGCCAGGCUCCACACAGCCAGGCUCCACACAGCCCCUCUAAACACAGCCAGGCUCCACACACCCAGGCUCCACACAGCCAGGCUCCACACAGCCCCUCUAAACACAGCCAGGCUCCACACACCCAGGCUCCACACACCCAGGCUCCACACACCCAGGCUCCACACAGCCCCUCUAAACACACCCAGGCUCCACACAGCCCCUCUAAACACACCCAGGCUCCACACAGCCCCUCUAAACACACCCAGGCUCCACACAGCCCCUCUAAACACACCCAGGCUCCACACAGCCCCUCUAAACACACCCAGGCUCCACACAGCCAGGCUCCACACAGCCCCUCUAAACACAGCCAGGCUCCACACACCCAGGCUCCACACAGCCAGGCUCCACACAACCAGGCUCCACACAGCCAGGCUCCACACAGCCCCUCUAAACACAGCCAGGCUCCACACAGCCCCUCUAAACACACCCAGGCUCCACACACCCAGGCUCAACACAGCCCCUCUAAACACAGCCAGGCUCCACACACCCAGGCUCCACACACCCAGGCUCCACACAGCCAGGCUCCACACAACCAGGCUCCACACAGCCAGGCUCCACACAGCCCCUCUAAACACAGCCAGGCUCCACACAGCCCCUCUAAACACAGCCAGGCUCCACACAGCCCCUCUAAACACACCCAGGCUCCACACACCCAGGCUCCACACAGCCCCUCUAAACACACCCAGGCUCCACACACCCAGGCUCCACACAGCCCCUCUAAACACAGCCAGGCUCCACACACCCAUGCUCCACACAGCCAGGCUCCACACAACCAGGCUCCACACAGCCAGGCUCCACAAAGCCCCUCUAAACACAGCCAGGCUCCACACAGCCCCUCUAAACACAGCCAGGCUCCACACACCCAGGCUCCACACAGCCAGGCUCCACACAACCAGGCUCCACACAGCCAGGCUCCACACAGCCCCUCUAAACACACCCAGGCUCCACACAGCCCCUCUAAACACAGCCAGGCUCCACACACCCAGGCUCCACACAGCCAGGCUCCACACAACCAGGCUCCACACAGCCAGGCUCCACACAGCCCCUCUAAACACAGCCAGGCUCCACACAGCCCCUCUAAACACACCCAGGCUCCACACACCCAGGCUCAACACAGCCCCUCUAAACACAGCCAGGCUCCACACACCCAGGCUCCACACAGCCCCUCUAAACACAGCCAGGCUCCACACAGCCCCUCUAAACACAGCCAGGCUCCACACAGCCCCUCUAAACACAGCCAGGCUCCACACAGCCCCUCUAAACACAGCCAGGCUCCACACAGCCCCUCUAAACACACCCAGGCUCCACACACCCAGGCUCCACACAGCCCCUCUAAACACAGCCAGGCUCCACACACCCAGGCUCCACACAGCCCCUCUAAACACACCCAGGCUCCACACAGCCCCUCUAAACACAGCCAGGCUCCACACAGCCCCUCUAAACACAACCAGGCUCCACACAGCCCCUCUCCACACAGCCCCUCUCCACACAGCCCCUCUCCACACAGCCCCUCUCCACACAGCCCCUCUCCACACAGCCCCUCUAAACACACCCAGGCUCCACACAGCCCCUCUCCACACAGCCCAUCUAAACACAGCCACUCUAAACACAGCCCCUCUAAACACAGCCCCUCUAAACACAGCCCCUCUCCACACAGCCCCUCUAAACACAACCAGGCUCCACACAGCCCCUCUCCACACAGCCCCUCUAAACACAGCCCCUCUAAACACAGCCCCUCUAAACACAGCCCCUCUAAACACAGCCCCUCUCCACACAGCCCCUCUAAACACAGCCCCUCUCCACACAGCCCCUCUAAACACAGCCCCUCUAAACACAGCCAGGCUCCACACAGCUCUGCAACAUAUUUACUUUAUAAUACACUGCUGUUAACCAGGGUCCAUUAA